AAAAAUUCGCGGUGUUAAUUGUUAGAAUUAUCUAUAAUUUCAUCCUGUUAUGUAUAUUAGUCACGACUACAGUACGAAAUGGUAAAUUACAUUUUUUUUAAUUUGCGCAAUAAUUAAAUCCUGUUUCAUUUGCCGAUGUGGUGUUAGUACCACUGAUUUAAAUUUUUGAGAUUUUAAUUUGAGAAGGAUUGUAUAAUUUAACAUGUUGCAAAUUUGUACAAUAUGAAUGUUAUUAUGAAGGAAAUCAAGUUAUCCCAAGUUGAAGUUCUCUUGACUAGAUACAAAUUGCUGUUGUAACUAUGGCGACUGAAAUGCUUCCUGUUAUUUACGUGCGUAUUGAUUUUAUUCGAUAUUGAUACAUUUAACUUGGUCGCGUAUCAAAUAACGCCAAGCUGCUGUUCUUAUAGCACAGCACAACAUUUUGCUAUUAUAACUUAUGUUUUUUAGAUUCUCAUUUCACUUGAGAUCUGCCGUUUUGUACUAAAAUACUAUAACAUAAUUGAAUGUUUGCUGUUGAAAUGCUGAUGAAAUCUAUUGCGUAUGGUGCGUAUUGCGGCUAAGAAUGUUUAGAUUACUAAUGUUUAAAAGAAGCUUGCUGAUCUUUAAGAUUUUUGUAUUUCGUGAAGGUAGAUAUAAAUCGAAACGUAUUUUUAUGAAAGCGUAAGUAAUGAAGUAUAAGUGAGAUGUCGAUGGAACCGAAAAGAGUGUCAACGAACCUCGCUACGAUGUAUGGCAGGUAAGCCAAAACUUAGUUCUACGGAUUGGUUUCUGAACGUAUCUAGAAUAGUGUUUGGUGAUUUGAUGUCAUGGCGUGUGUAAAAUAACUGGCAGUCAGUUUUUUUUCUAUUGCUUUUUGCAAUGUGUUUGUUAAGUAGGCCUGACGAGUGAACGAUAUGGGUUAACGUACAUACAUAAAUCAAUAGGGUGAAAGGGACACAACCAUAUUCAUAAUAAGAGCAGUUUAGUAUUGAUUCGAAAUGAACCACUUUUGUGCAAGCAUUCUUGCCAAAAAAAUCAUUCUCCUUUUUACUAUCUAGUCGGGUAUAACACCUAUCACCCAAAGUACAGUAUCAGUUGUUAUGAAGAGUAGAUGGAAGGAAACAAAUAUCAGCGAAAAAUGAGACGAGGCUUGCCACAGGUCACGAUCGGAUGAAAAUCUGUUUCUGCACCGAUCUCGAUAAAUCGGUUCUGAUAAGCAAUUUUGAAAAGCGCGGCUGGGUACAAGUUACGGCGGAUGACGAUUGGAAUUUCUACUGGGCUGGAACUGGCACCUGUCGCAAUAUAUUCAGCGUUGACAGUGGAUACCGUAUGCACGAUAAUCAGCUUAUAAAUCACUUUCCGAACCAUUACGAGUUAUCAAGGAAAGAUUUACUGGUGAAGAAUAUAAAACGCUAUCGGAAGGACCUUGAACGAGAUGGGAAUCCGUUGGCAGAGAAAACUGAAGCAAACAUUCCCGGUGGCUCAAAAUAUUUGUAUUUAGAUUUCAUACCGAUCACGUUUGUCCUGCCAGCAGACUAUAACAUGUUUGUGGAAGAGUACAGAAAAAAUCCUCAAAGUACAUGGAUUAUGAAACCAUGCGGUAAGUCACAAGGUGCUGGUAUUUUCUUAAUCAAUAAAUUGUCCAAAUUGAAACGCUGGUCGAGAGAAGCAAAAACGUCAUUUCAUCCUCAAAUCGGCAAAGAGAGCUACGUUAUUUCAAGGUAUAUCGAGAACCCGCUGUUAAUUGGCGGUAAAAAAUUUGAUCUUCGAUUGUACGUUCUUGUGACAUCAUUCCGUCCGCUGAAAGCAUACUUGUUUCGUUUGGGAUUCUGCCGCUUUUGUACGGUAAAAUACGACACAAGUGUUACGGAAUUGGACAACAUGUACGUACACUUGACUAACGUCAGUGUGCAGAAACAUGGUGGUGAGUAUAACAACCAUCAUGGAGGCAAGUGGAGUGUACAAAACUUGCGUCUCUAUCUUGAGGGUACGCGUGGUAAGGAAGUAACGGAUAAGUUAUUUGGGUCCAUCACUUGGCUCAUAGUACACUCCUUAAAGGCAGUAUCAAGUGUUAUGGCCAGUGAUAGGCACUGCUUCGAAUGCUACGGUUACGAUAUCAUCAUAGACAAUACAUUGAAACCGUGGCUUGUCGAAGUGAACGCUUCACCGUCACUGACUUCAACUACAGCCAACGAUCGAAUACUCAAGUACAAGCUAAUAGACAACAUUCUCAGCAUUGUAUUGCCACCGGAUGGAGUACCGGAUGUCCGUUGGAGCAAAAUUCCCAGCCCAGACAUGUUGGGAAACUUUGAUCUUCUCAUAGACGAGGAAAUAGCGGCACAGGAUGAUAGUAUACAUAACAGUAAUAAUGGUAAACAUCGCUCCAACAGUAAUAGAUGGAAAUAAUUGUACGAAAAAUAAAAUGAAUGUCUUAAAUACUGGUGUUAACAACACGAAGAAAA